AUGCCAGUGAUUCAUUCAGUUUCAGGACAACCUGUUGGGAUAUCAUAGUGGUAGUGAUUUAAAAGAAGUAAGCAGCUAAUAUAAACAUUUUUACUUAACAAAGAUAACUGUUUUCCUGUAAAUAUCUAGAGAGCAAAGAAGCAAGCAAGAAAAAAGAUGCAAUCUUUGAAUGCUGCAGUUAGAUUGCAGCUGAUUUCAAUAUCCUUUCUCACAUAUUGUUUGCUACUCUUGUGUAGGGUUGAUUUGGAGACCUGCUCUAAAUGAUAAGGGUUUAGCAAACCUGGACUGGCAUCUCAAAGUUGUUUCACUUAACCUCAGAAGUCCUGCUAUAUCCCAGUGCACUCACUGUCUUCCUUCUGAACUCUAAGUCAAAAUGAAGAUGGGGUUGGUUUGGCCUGUUGUGUUGGUAGUUUUUUGUUUGUUUGUUUGUUUUAGCAUGUGGUUGGGUGUUUUUUAGGUUUUUUCCCCUCUAAAAAGUUUUGUCGUAGAAUUUAAGUAGUUCAAGUGACAUUUUAACAAUUUUGAGCUUGUUCUACGCUUAGAACAAGUUGAAUUUACAGUUAAACUUCACAGGCUAUGCUCACAAAUGACACAAGGUAUAAUUACCAAAUGUAAGUUUAGUCACUGGAUGCUGUUUCAUGCUUUCUUCUUUGUCUGUGGACAAUGUGGUUUGCAGAUGCACAGACCCCAGUAGUGCUUGUUGUAGACCUAGUUGUGUUCAACAGUAUUCCAUGGACAGGAGCAAGUGUUUUGAGAAGGCUUUUCAGGAUAAGAUUUAUCAUUUUUAUUGUUGUGUUUUGAUAUUUGAAAUUGGUUAUAUCUAAUAGGUCAUCAGGCCAAAUUAGCCUAUGGAGAAAUAAUUAGGAGAGUGUCCCAGUACAGACUAAGGAAUGUCCUUCUUCUAGGAGAACAGAUUGAGUGCCUGUCGCAUUACAUCAUUUUGAUCUUUCUUCUGUCUCAGUCAUCUUUAUUCUAUUACAUGACUGAUAUUCCUAUAGAUUUCUCUAUCAUCUCUCUUCAUAACUUAAUGAUUUAUUUAUUUUUCAUGGGUACUAAAAGCUAAGGGGUUUUUAAGUAGGUGUUUGUGAAGAUACAGAUUUUAUCUUUUUGAUGAGUCUCUAGAUUACUGGUGUUAAAUCCACAGAAUGUAAUUUGGAAAAAAAACAAUCUUUUUCCCACAUUGGUUUUAGGGACACACAAAUUAAUUUAUUUGCCUCUUCGACAUGUUUUUCCUGUGUUAUGUGCUAAGAUAGAAGAGCCAGAUGUUUCUUAUGCCCAUUCUAGAAAAUUAUGCUAGUGUUUUUUACAGUGUGUUGACCUCCCUAGUUUUAAGAAAGUUUUCUUGUUGUUAAUAUUAUUCCCAGCAAAUAUAUAUAUAGGUCCAAGUUGGUAAGUUUUCAAGCAUUAAACCACUAAGCAAGAUAGGCUGAAGAUUCUGGUAGAAAGGACGUGUGAAAAAUCAGUGUCUUUAGUGUACAGUUUGUGGGCUGGCAGCAUUUCCAUCUGCCUUGAACUAACAGGAAUUUUAAUUUUGUACAAUGAACUGCGUUGUGGCUGAGUGCAAAUGAAGUCAUGGUGUGAAAUGCUAAGAGUCAGCAGUGCUGAAGCAAUGUAUGGUGAAGUACAGCAUCUGAAUACAAAGCUGCCCUUCUGGGACACUGUGAAAAAUGAUGUAACUGAGUGAAAAAGCUCUGCAAAAAUCUAUUUCACUUGCUGUUAAGUGAGUGUCUUUACUGCAAAACCUUCAUGAGGCUUGAGUGUGAUGCUUUCUUGACCGUGCAGUGGGAUUGUAUGAAAAAAUCUGUUGACAAUAACAGCUAGAGAUACUGAGGUUUUAUUUUGCUGCCCUGCUCCUGUGCUUCAGCACUGCUACAGAGAGGGAACACUAAGGAAAGCCCUUAAUGCUUGUGGGGUAAGUCUGCAAAGAAAUUAGCUUCUUAAAAAUUCAGGUUGACUUCUAAAAAUGCUUAACUGUUUGUACACUUGCAAAAAGUUAAUAUCACCUGUUUCUUUCUCACAACCUUAUCUAAGUAUUCCUAUCCCUCCAGCAGCAAUGUGAUGUUAGAAUCUCAUGGAAAGCACAGUGGAAUAUCUUAAACAUUUUUGUUCUGGUAAAUUGAUUUCUGUAACUGCUGAAACCCUCUUAGUUCUUGCCUUUAAAAUCUUGUACUGGUAAAAGUAUUUGUUUCUAGAAAUGUAAAUGCUUUGUGCUGAGUCUCAGUUUUAGGUACCGUGGAAUCUGCAUAACAAAGAAUUAGAAUGUAGUUGUUGCUACUGAAAUAAAAUUGUGCUCUUUAAUAAAUAUGAUGAUGUUACAGAUGUAGAAGUAAGUAAAAUUAAAUCGCUUUAAAGAAAAAAUUUAGUACUUGUGCAUUACUACUAGAUUAGAAAUAUUUGAUCGUUUGAAAGUACUAGAAAUGUUUGAUAGUCAUAUCAACACACUGCUGUGACAGCAGUGAUAUAUUGCUGAGGGAGACAAAUCAAGAACUAAGCCACCUUUGCUUGUCAUUAUUAUCAUUAAUAUUCCAAGCUAAUGAACAUUGAACUUAAAACUGUGCACUAAGUCAAUCUGUCCAAGCUGCGAUUUGCUUCUUGAUUAAAUCCUAUUUAACAACUUGCCUUGAAUUUUUAGAAGAGCAUGUAUGACUGAGUGAGCUCCUUCUUUUCCUAUAGCUCAUGACUUUUAUGAGAAAACCCAAUGUUUUUUAUCUUGGCUGUAGAUCUCAGUUCCUUAUCAGUAACUUAAAAAUACAGGUCACAUAAUCAGCCAGGUCACACUACGGGACUGUAAAGUAGCUUAGUUUCUAAAAAAAGAUCCCUCUUGGCUAUGUUAAACUAAAACCAUCAACAAUAGGAUUCAAGUGCUGCUUAGAUAAAUCACUACCAGAUUGGAACAGGACAAGAAUGCAAUGCUAUCAUGCCAAUAAGUUGUUUUGGUUUGUUGGGUUUUUUUCCUUUCUCACUGCUAGGCUUCCAACAGGAACAUUUUCUUGACAUUGUGUCUGGGUGGCUCUUGAGGAUGGCAAGCAAAGGACCCACAACUUCUACAUCAACAAAGAACUCCAGUACUGGAGGGACCAGUGGCAGCAGUAGCAGUAAUGGUGCUGGGGACAAUACUAAUCAGGACAACACUUUUGAAUGUAACAUCUGUUUAGACACUGCCAAGGAUGCAGUUAUCAGCUUGUGUGGACAUCUCUUCUGUUGGCCUUGUUUACACCAGUGGCUAGAGACCAGACCAAACAGGCAAGUGUGUCCUGUAUGCAAAGCAGGAAUCAGUCGAGAUAAAGUUAUUCCUCUGUAUGGAAGAGGUAGCACUGGGCAACAGGACCCCAGAGAGAAAACUCCACCACGACCCCAAGGACAGAGACCUGAGCCAGAGAACAGAGGGGGAUUCCAAGGCUUUGGGUUUGGCGAUGGUGGAUUUCAAAUGUCCUUUGGAAUUGGGGCAUUUCCCUUUGGUAUAUUUGCAACAGCAUUCAACAUAAACGACGGGCGACCUCCUCCAGCUGUUCCAGGGACUCCUCAAUAUGUGGAUGAGCAGUUCCUAUCCCGUCUCUUCCUGUUUGUGGCUCUGGUGAUAAUGUUCUGGCUGUUGAUUGCAUAAAUCUUUUCCAUUAUUCUGUAUAUUCAUGGCCAACAGGGCCACUGAAACAGUUACAAACUGCAUCCCCAUCCCAUUUUAAACCUCUUGGUGUCUGGUUCCAUAGCUAACUGUGGGCUUCAGGAAUUGGUGGUGCCACCGCACGACGAGGAGUCUCACAUUUUGCACCAGAGUUGGAAAUUAAACAUUGGUUCAAAAGCGUAUUUCAGCUCAGCGGUCUUGUCCUGCCACAAACCAUGGGGGGCCUAGCCUUGAGCUCUGCUCCUGAAAGGAGUGCUGCUUGGGAAUCCUGUGCCAAUCAGUGACACCAGGCUUAUGUGACACACAGCUGCCCCAAGGCAGGCCGGGCAGGUAAGGAAACUUGUGCAGUGUGAUCAGUAUCUCAUGCUUGGCAACCACGAUGGAUCUGCCAGAGCUGCGGAUGGUAUUUGAUGUCUUCACAUCAACAUCGAGCCUUCUUCAGGGAGUCAUCUGCAGCCCUGAUGAGACUCCUUGGGCACAGCACGUGAUGCAAACAGAACCAGGUUUGGAGACUGGUUUAUUUUCUUCCUGUUAUUUCCCGGCGUGAUGGAAAACCCCUCCUGCAGCAGCUCUAAUGGCUGUUAGAAGAAGGGAUACAAAUUUAUGCUGCAUUUUUUUUUUUAAAGCCUGAAUUUGCUGGAGCCAGACACUAGAAGAUUCUUCUGCUGCGGAUCUGGGUGGGUUGCUGAACAGUACAAGGCCCCUCUUGGCCUCACCCAGCCCUUUUCCUCACUGACAAAACAGUGUUGUCUUCCUCGGGUCUGUGCAGCAGCCUGUGGCUGCACUCAUGGAAAAUCCCCUCACAGCCUUGUCACUGUAGCUACAUUUAUUCUCCCCAAGGCUUCGAGACUUUCUCCGCAAGGUCAUGUACUCCAAAUAAAAUCCUAUUACAGAUCUGAGAUCAGCUUGUAUGGGGAUAGGAACAAAAGGCACCUGAGUUUUGAGGUUAAAAUUGUCAUACCGGAAAAUUACACAGGAGGAAAAAUGAGAUCCUGUCUUUGCUAGCACAUGGCACAGUAGGGAACAUUUGGUUGAGUUUCUCAACUGCAGAUGCAGUUACCCCAAUGCCACAGUGGAAGGACUAUAGCCAGAGUCUCUACAGUGUCUACCAAAGAUAUUAAUUUGAAGUGCUGGAGACUGCAACCAUUUAUGUGCUGAGAAGGAAAUAUUUCAGCAGGUGGGCACUCUGUAGCCAUUUUGGAAUUCUGUUGGGUUACAGCUUUAAAGAGUACACCUGAUGUUUUGUGUAGAUUCCUUCCGAACAGCAGAGAGGAAAGAUUCCCUAGCAAAACGAAAGUUUUCCUAUUCCUCUGGGUAAUUCCACUUUUUCUUACUGUUUUUAGAUUUAUUUGUAUUCAGAUCACUGGUAGUCAUAAUGACUUUCUGCAAGAUGAAUAUUCUGACAUCCCUGGCAAUAGACAACUGACAAAACAAAUCAACUCAUAGAAAUCCUGUUUCAAUAGUUAGGGUUUUUCUAGUGUAUGGAUGAGGUUCCUGGGCUGGACACCUUAUUUAAUUGUUGUAAUUAUGAACUCUUCACUUCUAGUAUCAAGACAGAGGAUGACUGAAGUUUAACUUGCCUACCUCCAAAAUUCCAUCUGGCAAGUAGAGUGUUGCAAAGCUGCUGCAGUGUUUUGCCACAUCUAGUCAAACUUACACCUGACUCAAAGAUAAUCUGGCAGAAAUUUUUGCUUCAACUAUAAACAGUUGAACUGGUGCUUCAACGGUUGUUGUGUGCCGCUUUUGAGGAGCUUAACUUCUUCUGAAUAUGGUUCUUCUCAAAUGCUGAAGUGGGUAACUGGGACCCUUCCUAGGAGAGGCUACUGAUUGCGUUCUGCUAAGCGACUGGCAUUAGUGCAGCGAGUUUUGACUUCAGUUAAUUGAGCAGGCAGCACCACCUGCUGAUGGAAAGGCAGACUUCAUGUGAUAGCAAAAGGGGUAGUUUUCCUUCUUUUUUGUAUUGAGAAACUCCGUUGCUAAGAGCAGAGGCUAUGCAGGGAGGAGCAGGGUUUCCCUUUAAAGCCUUUUUUUCCGAUAAAGAGGACAGAAAAGUGACUGUAAUAGGUUCAAGAGGUAUUGAAACUGAUUUAACUAACACGUUUUAAAAUACAGAAUGUUAAUAGGUUGGUUUUUUUUCCCCAUCUACUGGUGAGAGACACAAUGGAUUUAGACGGAGAUGGCUGCAGAAACGUGACAGUGUUAACGCUUCCGUUCCUGCCUUUUUCUUGGUGUGCUUUUUGUAUCGUACCACCUCCCCCCUUGUACUCGAGACUGCACACGGCCCGUGAUGGCUUGUUCCGUGCGUUACCAUUACCGUUCACUAAUUUUCACUGUUGUGAAAGUGAUUUAGAAUUAAAAGAAAUGGUUUUACAUUGA